AUGGCAACAUCUCACCUCCCUCUAUUUGGUGGAUCCCGCGCAUGGUCCAAAAAAGAAUGGACAUCCUCAGAUGACCGAGUCCGCGGUGGCUCCUCCCACUCAACCCUAACCUGCUCCCCAACCUCCCUCACCGCGAAAUUCCACGGAAAUCUCGACAUAAAAACCCUAGGCGGCGCAGGCUUUGCCUCCCAACGCACAGCAACCACAGAGCAAACCUGGGAUAUAUCGGCCUACGACGGAAUAGAAGUAGUGCUCGAGCGCGCAGAUACCCGCAAGUACACUCUCACGCUCAAAGACGAGAUUCUGCCGAAACGGCCCGAUGGUCGCGAAGCUAGCUCUGUGAGUUGGGAGGUCGAUUUCCAGGUUAACGCUGAGGAUGGAAAGAAUGGCACUGUGCUUUUCUUCAAAUGGAGUGAUUUCCGGGCCACGUAUCGGGGGCGCGAUCUUGAAGGGGAUGAUGUGAAGCCGUUGGAUUUGAAGAGGGUUAAGAGGUUUGCGAUUAUGGUUCGGAGCUUUUUUGGGGGACAGGAGGGGGAUUUUGAGUUGAACGUUGUUUCUAUCUCUGCGCUUAGGACCGAGAGGUAUCGGGAUGAGCCUUGGGUUGAGGUUGAUGAGAAGGCUGCUUUUGAGCAAGAGGAGGCUCUGGCUCUGGUUCAGAGGCCGAGUGGUUGGUUUGGGUGGUUGAGUUCCUGUCUUGGAGCUUGA